AGGGAACAGGGAUUCUCUUGGCUCCGUCCAACUUGUCAACGUUCGUUGGAUUGGCCACAUUGGCGCACGACCGUUGCCUUCGUGCUGGUUUAGGUCGGCCUUUGUUACCCAGUUGCUUGGCGGUAGUGACGAUUCGGGACGUGACGUCCUGUUCCUACUACUAUCCCCGUGCCUCACCAGAACGGACGUUCAACGCAUUCGAUCCAGCACGUUAUAAUUGGCGGAGGGACUAAGUUUCUAGCGAGAGAUGCACUCAUUUCUCUCUCAUAUCCGAGGCCGAGGUAUUGGUAACCAUUCCACUGCCGCUCCGCCUUUGCAACCAGAAAACUGCUGCAUCGUCCCGCCCACUCCUGCCCUCAGUUAUGGUGUGGAUUCAACCAUCGAAACAUCCCCAGCAGUGCGUCAUGGCAUAGACAAGAGGAUUCUCGAGAAUCCGAGUUCAUACUUGGACAUGGCUGAUUCAGAAUCUCUGCCUCGCAGCUUAACUCCAAGAACUCGGAGACACACUGUAGAUGUUAGUAAUUGGGGGCUUCGCAAUAUACUGCGGGCAAAACCCAUCUCCGAGAGUGUAUGCGAAGUGGACAAACCUGGGUCAGACUCACCGGCUCAUGAAACAACUCUAAGCGAAUCAAAAUCAAUUGACCACCUAGCUGCACCUGGGGACUGGUCCACGUUUGGUCGCCGACGAGUGCGCAGCUCCCCAAUAGUACCAGAAUUUGCAGACGUCGGUCCCACCAAAGACACUACCAGACGAACGUCACAUUCUCCUUCGCUGAAGAGAAGUAACAGCAAUAAGAGUGAUGAAGGCCUCAGCUCAGCAGAAAGUUUGCACUCUAUCAUCAGCUCCCAUAGUGUGCCACGAUCCUCCAUAGCGCAUCGCGAUACAUUAGCACAAAAAAGCAAUAGGGGAUGUACUUUAACGACAUCUGUCAAUAAUCACACAAGCAGCUCAUCCAUCCAUUCCAAAUCAUCACCAACAGAUAUCGUGUCCUCUAGGCUGCAUCCACGAACACCUAAUAGACCACGAUCCAAUACGUCUCCGACAGCCCGCCCAACUGCAUACUUCACUACACCUAUCCUUCGCGAACUGGGAUUCGACUCUCCCGGAACAUUUGGCCAUCCGACACCCGAGAGCCGGUCCACGUUUACGUUUGCAUGUGCAUCGCCCCCACCCCCUCUGCCCCCCUUGAACCACCCGGCUUUGUCAUCCUACCUCAAGGACAAAAACGUUAAUAAUAUCACUCCCACAGCAUUAGGUUUCGCAUCGGACCGAUCCAACUCAUUUCCCAAACGCUCAUCACGGAUCCCGUCUGGCAUUGGUGAUGAUUUCUUCGUAUCGCUAUCAAUGAAAUUUGGCCGAUCUGUCCGACGUUCUGCAAGCCUCCCGAAGGUGCAGGAUGUCUUCCCUCCUUCCUCGGAAGAGCAGCCUGCUGCCACUGCACAACGCCUCCGUACACGAACAAUAUCCGACAAAGCACGACUCCGUCGACGCAACAGUGCCUCUUGGAGUGCACAACAAGCUACAGAAGGUGUCAACUCAUCUUCAAACAAUGCAUGGCCCGCAGAGGUAUCGCGCGAAAUGCUGCGACUUUCGUUGGGUGAAGGACUUGACCUCGUCAAGUGGCCAUCUGCCCAAAGUGGUGUCCCGGGUCCGGGGUCCGAAACACGCGGUAGCAGCGUGGCGCAAUUUCCUAAUCAGGCGCCCAUAUCACGAUCAUUUUCUCCAUCACCUUCACCACUUCGACCACGCUCCCCAGCUCCCCAAGGCGGGGAACGUGCAUCCCAGUCCCCAUCCCCAUCCCCAUCUUCAUCUCCAUCUCCAUCUCCAUCCGCUAACCUUCCUCCUCCGACCCACCGCCCAACAAGUUACGUGGACCCGCGCAUGUCUGCGAAUCCAAAUGGUACUCGCGUCGCUCCGGAUGGCGCCACCUCGCCAAAUUAUACUCCUUCGAGACUAAACGUACCUGUGGGUCCAAGCAAAAUACAAGGUCGUCCAUCGUCUCAGUUUCUCCUCCCUCCCUCCAUUGCUCCCACACCUGCACGUACUUCCCGCACAAUCACCAUGGAUCCAAGUACCCCUACUCCUACCUCCCGUAACCAUAGUGAUAAGAUUAAAGGCAAACGCAAAGCCGAAGACAUAGACACCACACCGCCCGAGCAGAAAAAGGACGUGCAGCGCGCAACUUUCGCCGUCCCAGAGAGCCACCGAAGUCAAAAGCUCUCUGCUUCAUCUCACGCGCCAUCAUCGUACCACCGCAAGCGCGCCCGUAUAUCGUCCUCUCCUUUUGGCACCCCCAUCCAUUCGCGGCCUGUAUCCACUCAGAGCCAGAGUAUGAAUUUAGAGCCAACACCCGAAGUGGGCAAGUUCGGUUCCUGGUCGAGCCGAACGAGCGCUCGUAUCCUCUCUAGUCCUAGCGUACCAUCUCAUGCCGCGUCGUCCACUCAUUCGACCCGCCCCCAACAAACCCCAAACAAGAACUCCCUCACCAACUCAAUCACCCAGAAUCAGAAUCACGCGAGACGCCAAAGCAUGUCUCAGGCGUCUAUCCCUAUCAGUGCGCUCGUGUCCCCGCAUGCACCUUCAAUCGUGCCAUCUGGGAAAUUCCACAUGCGAGAUCCUAGGCGCCCGCCGAAGAAACUUGCAGAGACGCCUUGGACGCUGCAUUUUCGUGGGGAGGAUGAGCCUGGGUCGCCUGUGCAUGCGUGGUGCUUCUUUGUGGGAUUCAUUUUGUUCCCUGUCUGGUGGAUCGCUGCGCUCUUUCUCCGCACACCGCGCACGCGUGUUGUUGGUGAUGAGAAGGGAGUUUCACUGGAUGAUCCGCAGAUCGAGCAUGACGCAAAAGCAUGGCGGUUCCGGUGCCGUGUCAUGUCUGUAGUGUCGCUGUUUACAUACACCCCUUUCAUCAUUCUGGUGGUCUUCUUUGUCCGACGAUAGCACUGCACAUAAACAGGUCACGCACAUUUUGCAUACCAAGGACUUCACUCUUACCCGCAACGUCACAUCACGUUUCUCAUUACACUCACGACGUUCCGUUUUCUUGCUGCAUACUUCACGCUCUAUGCCAACCUCCUACGAACAUUCCUUUCCAUCGCAGUUUUCUUGUCCUAUCCUGGUUCUGCGAACGUUCAUCGACUGCAUUCAUUCCUUUCACUUACUGUCUUCACUCGUUUCUUGUGUUAUUUGUCGACUUAUCCGCGACCGCAUUCCUAGAGUAGUCACCGCUAUUAGUGUUGUUCAUUGGUGUUGUGUUUUUACUAGUGUCAUGGCAAUCCAACUGAGGAUUUUGGGGAAGCA